AUGGCAAAGCGCACACUCGAUGCAUUCUUCAAGCCGUCAACCACCGCUCCGAAACGUCCUAAAACCGAUUCCAUCGAAUCCAACACCGCAACCGCAAUCUCACCCCCAGAGCCAAACGAUAUCCCAAACGAAGACACCAAACCAGCGAGCCAGCACCCAAGCUAUCCAAUCUCAAUCGCCCAACUCCCCUCCCACAUCGAAGUAGGCCUAGAACAUGCAACCCCAGCAAACGCACCCCGGGCAAUCAACAACCAACCACACCUCGACCUCCUCCACUUCCAGCCAUACAUCCCGCGCGCAACAGCAAACGAGCUAUUCAAAUUCCUCCGUCGCGAACUCCCCUUCUACCGCGUCCAAUACACAGCACGCCGCGGCGACAUCGAAACGCAAAUCAACACACCGCGAUGGACAACGGUCUUCGGAGUCGAUGAGACAUCGACUUUCAUCCAAGAACAGGACAACCCCAACAGCCUCGUUCUAGUAGAAGCAAAGACCAAAACCCCAACCCCGAAAACAAAAUACCAGUGCACGCCGCGCCCAAUCCCAGCUUGUCUCGAUCUCCUAAGGAGACAGGUCGAAGCCGCGAAUGCAGCCGCAAACGCAGAUAACAAAAACCCCGGCUAUAAUUUCUGCCUCGUAAAUUACUACGCCAGCGGAGACGACAGUAUUGCAUUCCACUCCGAUGACGAGCGUUUCCUGAGGACCCGAGCCGAAUAUCGCCUCGCUGUCACUGGGCGGCGAGCGGGAUUUUCUAAUGAAGCAUAA